AAAUGUAAGCGGAGAUGCCACAGGCGGUUGGGAUUUAUGCUCGUUGAAAGUGUCCCGUUUUGAACUCGUGAACAGCGCUUUGAACACUCGCGGAAAUGUCCCUUCUGUGCGUCCGAGUUAAGAAAGCAAAGCUUGAAGGACCUCCAGAUAAGUUCAAUGUCUACGUGACAUUAAAAGUGCAGAAUGUUAAGAGCACGACUAUCACCGUCCGAGGGGACCAGCCCUGCUUUGAGCAAGACUUCAUGUUUGAGAUCAAUCAUCUGGAGUCGGGGCUGGUCGUGGAGUUAUGGAACAAGGGUUUGAUUUGGGACACAAUGGUGGGGACUACCUGGAUCCCACUGGAUACCAUCCGCCAGUCAGAUGAGGAGGGUCCAGGUGAGUGGACAUAUCUCGACUCCGAGGUCCUUAUGAAAGCCGAUGAGAUCUACGGCACCAAGAGCCCUACGCCGCACAAAGUACUUUUAGACACCCGCUUUGAGCUCCCUUUUGACAUUCCCGACGACGAGGCCCAGUACUGGACCAAAAAGCUGGAGCGCAUCAAUACUAUGCGGGUACAUGAUGAGUAUCCACAGCAAGAUGAAGCCCAGCGCAGACAGCUUCCCUCAGUCCCUUCACAGUGCUCAUUGGAGGACCACGACAGCGCAGUGGAUGACCGGGACAGUGACUAUCGCAGUGAAAUCAACAGCCGUCCCCCACGUUACCACACCACGUCUCAGCCCAACUCAUCAGUGCAUCAGUACCCGAUGGGACACCGGCUCUAUCAGUCCGGUACAGAUUCCACUCAAAACUAUGAGCCGGACUACAGGGAAUCAAGAGGGCCCAGGUACAUAAUCACAAGGACACCCUCACUCAGAUAA